AUGAUGUCGGUUGCAUUUGUGUUGCGAGGAUCGUUGCGCGCUACAGUCAACAGAGACGCACGCUGUUUUAUUAUUAUGCCUCAGUUUAAACAUCCAAAACACAGCCUGCAUUUUAAAGUCUGUAGGCGUACUUGUUAGUUUGGGAACAAACCAGACUCGUUGCCAACGAACAGUUUGUUUGUCGACUGUCUGACAUUGAUUUGGGAUUAAAAUGGUCAUCAAGGUUUACAUCGCCUCUUCAACUGGCUCUGUCGCGGUAAAGAAGCAUCAGCAGGCAGUGGUGGGUUUCCUGGAGGCCAAUCGAAUCAGCUUCCAGGAAGUUGACAUUACCAUGCUGGAGGAGCAGAGGCUCUGGAUGUACCGUAACAUCCCCAGAGACAAGCAGCCGGAGAAAGGCAACCCACUGCCUCCACAGAUCUUCAACGAGGAUCGCUACUGUGGGGACUAUGAAGACUUCUUCCAGUCGAAGGAGGACAACACUGUGUUUGCAUUCCUUGGGCUCAGUUCCCAACCCUCAGUGAAAGAUUCUGAGUCAUAGCCUAGAUCAAACUGCUGAUGUGUGAUGUCCAGGGAACCUUAAAAUAUAAGGUCAAAAACUGCAUCACUUCCUGUGUUCCUUCUGCUUCGAUGCCAGCAUGUCGCCAAACAUCAGACCCCGCGGAUUUCACCCUGUUCAACCUCUCCUGGCUUAAAAAACACUUUAAACAACAUUCCACCAUCACUUAAGUCUCCAAGAAGUGUCUGAUUCUCAAGAGGCCACAGAGAAUUAAUCACAGAAGAAGGGGAUUAACUUUAUGAUGGAUGCAUUUGUGUUUCCUUUUCAUGUUUAACACACGGUGACAAACACUGUCUGUAGCAUACAUUCUGUGCAAACUAGAAGGCUAUGUAGCAGCUUUUGCAUCAGUAGACCAGUUGCUUUAGGUCCAUAUACAAAGCAUUGGAUGGAGAAGAACUGAGCAGGUGCAGCAGUGCAGCACAAGUCACCUGAAUACACACCUGUAUUGUGUAUGUGCAUGCCUUAGUGUGUGUGUGUGUGUGUGUGUCUUUGUGUGUAUCUGUUUCAGUCAGCAGCUGUUAAUGAAGGCCAUGUUAAGUGAGGGGACCUGAGAGGCAGCACUUAAUGCAACCUGAAACAACCCGAGGCCUAGCCAUCAUGUCUCGCUUUGUGUGUGUGUGUGUGUGUGUGUGUGUGUGUGUGUGUGUGUGUGCGUGCGCGUGUGCAUGCAUGUGUGCUUUUGUGUGUACAUGUGUGGGAGUGACAAUGCUUUCCCAGAGGUGACCGUGACACAUGCAGCAUAGCAGAUGAGACCAAAUGAUAAGAAUCUUAAAACAUAUGAGGGAUGAAAAUUUUACCUAAUGUCAUUGCCAACAUUAAUGUUAAGUUUGUAGUCACUGCCAUCAAAUAAAACAAACCUUGUUCUUGUAUCAUUCCUCUGCCAAACUAGUUUGAUUAAAGGACAAGGUUGGCAUUAUUCUAUAUAUUUUUCUUAUCAUCUACAAAUCCAACAAAAAUACCAAAACCAACAAUAUGUUAGUCUGUCUUUCAGUACGUUCUACCUUCCCUACCCUGUCUGUGGUAUGCAACCCUCAACCCAUUCAAUCCUACUGAAGACAUAAAUCGUUAAAAACAGGUUUCAAAUACAUAGUUUCGUUUUUUUAAACAGCCAAGUAAUUUCCUAAACCAGCUGGGACACUGUAGUUUUUAGGAAACGUUACUCAAACAGGAGUAAAUAGCGCAUUUGUUGGGGACUAUUUUAAGCCAUGGAUUAAUACACAUUUGGUGCUCUAAUGAGUAUUUACGGCAGCAGGACGGUGUAUGUGGGAUUAACUCAAACUGUGCAAGGUUCAUUAUAAUGAGCAUGUCACCCAGUGCAACGGUAUGACUCACUAAUGUGUUUUUAAUCAUUUUUGGAUAACAAUGGAGACUUCUGGCACUGAAGAACAAGAUAUAUUCAUUGUCGGUUUUGGUCUUUUCAUGGGAUUUGUUGACAACAUGAAAAAUAUAGAUAAUUGCCAGCUUUAUCCUCUAAUCAAGACCCACCAUAGACAAAGCAUGGGUGCAAUCAUGGUCACAUGAGCUAUAGGAGUACACUUCACAUAUUAUCACUCCAAGUCUAAUCUGACAGAGGACAGGAGAAAUUAUAGUUUAUUGCUCAGAGAUAAUCAAGUGGCAAAGCUCUGCAAAGACAGACUGAGACUCAGAUUCCCCUGCUUUGCCUCCCCUUCUCUCUACAUAUUUCCAACUGUCUGAGUAAACAGAUGCUGAAAUCUGAGCAGACUGCCCUCUGUGUGUUUUACAUAUUAGGAAAUUAACAUAGAUUGAAACAUCACAGCCAACUCUCAGUCCUUUCCUCCAAUCUGCGUUCUAUGUUCUCUUUCCUAAACACCAACACUAAGCAUUUUCCCUUUACUGUCUCUCUUCCUUAUUACAUUAUCAUGGGUGGGUGGUUGAUUAAUCCCUUUAUGUUUACACAUGAAGGACACCCACAAACAGAUACACCCUCACCAGCCAUUCCUCUCUAAAUAUGUCAUUUUCACUUAUUUCAAAUCAUAUAGGGGAUAAUCAAUCAAAUCAAUGUAUUUCUGUCACUGUCGACACUAACGACAUUCCUAUUUUGCUGAGUUGUAUCAUUUAUUGUCAAAUCAUGUGAUGACGUUGUUGUGACUUUUUGUGAAUGGAUACUAACACGCCUGUUGGACCACAAACAGAGUAAAUGUACUUUAUGUUACACCUCUCUGCCUGUUGUGGUUAGUUGUGACAUUUUUCUGUUUCAGACUCAUUAGCAUUAGAUUCAAUGACACUUUACUGUAUACACGAGAAAGCAGAUUACAAUAUUUUGCAUUAUUUGCCUCAGUAUUUUUCAUGUGCAUGUUAUUGUUCAAGUAAUAAUACUACAAAGAACGUUAGCUUAACACAUUUUUUUCUUUGCAUAUUUUAAAUCAGUCUAAACAACAUUUGGAGAUGUAAAAAUUUACACUUUUGUCUUGAGAGGAUCAAUCUGAAGCCCCUUUGUAGCGGUUGUAGGGAGGUCAUUUUCUUUUUCAUCUUCUUUUGGUAAACCCAUUUUCUGAAUUGCUUAUGUGGUGUCAUGAAGGCAUAUCACCAGUCAGAAUUAACACAGUGGAUGAACAUCACCACCUAUUAAAUCUGAACUCAGUGGAUGAACAUCACCACCUAUUGAAUCCAACUUUGUGCAGUGGUUGCAGAAACUGUAUUAGAAGAAUGGACUCAAGUACAGAGUCACCUGCUUUUUGACCAAGUUUUUACUUGGUCAAAAAGCAGCCUUACAGUAAGCAACCUGAAGGUAGUUCAGUCAGGCAAGGGAAAAUCAAACAUAAGUCAAAAACAGGGAAUGUGUGAAAUAGGACUGAAAACAUAAGGGGCAAACUAGUGAGUAGCUGAUCAGCCAGGAGGUGGAGUCAUUUGGUGGAGUGGGAUACUCUGCAGUGGCAGCUAGUGGACAGUUGAGGAUUACAAAUCUGGAAGGUGAAGGGAUGUUGCAAAUGUAAACAGACAAACAGGGCAAGUGGUGUCAGAAGAGGGAGAAACUGUGAGGCUGUGAAUGAAUUAAAUUGUAUCAUUUGUUUAUUAGCAUAUAUUUAGUAAUAUUUAGUACCUCCAUUUUAUGAAACAUGUAUAAAUGCUUUGUGGAGAAACUACACUACAAAUGAAUGGAUGUGUGUUGGGCUAACAAUUUCCUCUAAUCUGACUCUAGCAGAAAGCCUUGAAGGCUAACUUUCUCAUUCAAAUGCUCACCUGUUCUCACUUCCCUCAUCAGUCACUCACUACGUAAACCAGGACAGAUCCUUUGUUCCCUUGCCAGUACGUCCUAGUUGCCAUGUUCCUGUCUUGCCUUGUGUUUUUCCUUUCGAGCUUUUGUCACCUGAAACAGAACCUGCCUGUCUGUCUGCUUACCUAUACCUGCCUGUAAAUUCUCAUUAAAACAAACCACUAAAGUCA